UAAAAGUCUUAAAGGGUCGGGCCAUGUCUUGUCAUAAUUUUUUCUUUUGGUUACCACCAGAUAUCUUUAUAGUGAAGUUGGAUAGUAAAUAAAGGUUUAACUCACUAUAAGAGUAGCUAGUUAAAAUGGGUGCUAGUUGUAAAGAUCAAAAGAAAGCAUUGGCCAUAUGUUUGCAGAGAUCACCAUGUGUAUUGAUUGAAAGGAAUACACCUAAGGAUUGUUUAAUGGAUCCUGAAUUGAAGAAAGAUUUACCAGAACUUUGUCUUGCCAACUUUCGAGCAUUUAUGGAUUGUAAGAAUGGGGUGUUUGAUAUGAGAAGAAGAAUGAGAGGUAAUGCUCCAUUAUCAAAUGGUAAAUAUGAUGAAAUUUAUGAUAAUUUAUCUAGUGGUAAUUAUAAUCCAAGAGAAGAAAUCAAAAAGUUAGAAAUCAUGAAUAAGAACUUAUCGAAACAAAGACAAUUACAAUUACAACAACAAGAAGAAGCUAAAAGAUUAGCUAAUUUAGAAAGUGGUGACCUCUAAUUCUACAAAAAAAAACACUAUCAGCCAAAAAAAAAAUAAACCCUUGUAUAUUACUUUUAUUAUAAU